AUGGCGGCACUAGAUUGGGCUUCCUCCUCUUCCUCUGCUACCUCUAUAAUUGGAUCUUCUAGUUAUGAUGUGUUUCUCAACUGUAGGGGUGAAGAUACUCGUAAUCACUUCACUGCUUUUCUAAACUUGUUUAUGAAAAAUAAGGGAAUCAAUGUCUUUAUGGAUAGUGAAAAAUUGUGGAUUGGAGAAGCCAUUGGCCCUUCCCUUUUUAGAGCCAUCAAGGGUUUCAAAAUCUCAAUCCCUAUCUUCUCUAAAGGUUAUGCAAAUAGCAAAUGGUGUCUGUGGGAGCUUGUUCAAAUAGUUCAAUGUCACAGAUCCAACGGCCAAAAGGUCCUGCCCAUAUUCUACCGUAUUGACCCAUCGCACGUUUGGCAUCAGACCGGAAGUUUUGAAGAAGCAUUUCGAGAACAUGAGAAGAAUUUCGAGCGCCAUAUCAUAGAGAGUUGGAGGGAAGCUUUGAGAGUGGUAGGGGAGUUGAAAGGAGAAGUUAUUGACCAUACUGAGGAUCAGGCAAAGUUAGUUGAAUUACUUGUUCAAAGGGUUCUAGGUGAAUUGGUUAGUAGCACACGCUUGGCUGAAUGUAAAUACUCUAUUGGAAUGGAGUCCCGUGUAAAUGAUCUACUAUAUUUAUUAAAUGUUGGUUCUGAGAAUGUUCAAUUCGUGGGAAUCUGUGGUUUCGGUGGCAUUGGAAAGACAACUAUUGCAAAGGCUGUGUACAAUCACAUCCUUGCAAACUUUGAUAGGCAUUACUAUGGCAUAACUAAUUAUCAUAGUGGGAAAGAAUUUAUACUACAAAGACUUUGUAAAGAAAAAGUUCUUGUUGUUCUUGAUGACGUGGAAAAGCGAGAACAAGUAGAUGCUUUGGCUGGUGAACUCAAUCGGUUUGGUCAAGGAAGCAGGGUCAUAUUAACAACCAGAGACAAACAUAUUUUGAAUUUUGCUGAAGUUGAUAGAGAUAAAAUAUACAGGCCUCAAGAGCUAUAUCUUUGGAGGAUUGCCUUUGACUCUAGAGGUUAUUGGGUCUUACCUGUCGGACAUAAGCAGCAAAGAAGUGUGGGAAAGUACAUUACAAAAAUUGAAAGAAAUUCCUCACGAAGAUGUCCAGAGAAGGAAGCAACUAUAAUUUCAUUUUGGGAAGCUUGUGGCUAUUAUCCGAAAUCAGCAAUAGACAGAUUAAUUAAAAGAUCCCUUCUAAGGUUUGAAGAAUAUGCUGGUGAAUACGGUGAAUAUCACUUGAAGAUGCAUGAUCAGAUUCAAGACAUGGGAAGGGAAAUUGUCUUAGAAGAAAAUCGUAUGGAGCCAGAAGAACUCCCAGAAAAUAUUUCCAAGUUAAGUACUCUCAAAGAACUUAAUCUCAGAGAGUGCACAUCACUCCAGAAGUUGCCCGAGGCCAUUGGUGAUCUAAACUCUCUAGUCGAGCUUGACUUACGGGGGACACAGAUAGAGGAACUCCCAGACAACAUUUCCAAGCUGAGUUCUCUCAAAGAACUUGAUCUCAGUGAGUGCUCAUCACUCGAGAAGUUGCCCGAGUCCAUUGGUGAUCUAAACUCUCUAGUCAAGCUUGAUUUGCAUGGGACACAAAUAGAAGAACUCCCAGACAACAUUUCCAAGCUGGGUUCUCUCAAAGAACUUGAUCUCAAUGAGUGCUCAUCACUCGAGAAGUUGCUCGAGUCCAUUGGUGAUCUAAAUUCUCUAGUCAAGCUUGAUUUGUGGGAGACACAAAUAGAAGAACUCCUAGACAACAUUUCCAAGUUGAGUUCUCUCAAAGAACUUAAUCUCACUGAGUGUUUAUCACUGAAAAAUUUGUUCGAGUACAUGGGUGAUCUAAACUCUCUAGUCAGGCUUGAUUUGUGGGGGACACAAAUAGAAAAACUCCCAGACAACAUUUCCAAGUUGAGUUCUCUCAAAGAACUUAAUCUCAAUGAGUGUUUAUUACUGAAAAAGUUACCCGAGUCCAUUAGUGAUCUAAAAUCUCUAGUCAGGCUUGAUUUACGAGGGACACAAAUAAAAGAACUCCCAGACAACAUUUCCAAAUUGAGUUCUCUCAAAGAACUUGAUCUCAGUGAGUGCUACUCAUUCAAGAAGUUGCCCGAGUCCAUUGGUGAUCUAAACUUUCUAGUUGAGCACUGCUCAUCACUUCAGAAGUUGCCCGAGUCCAUUGGUGAUCUAAACUCUCUUGUCAAACUUGACUUGUGGGAGACAAAAAUAGAAGAACUCCCAAAUAGCAUUUCUAAGUUGAGUUCUCUCAAAAAACUUAUUGUCGGGAAGUGCUCAACACUCAAGAAGUUGCCCGAGUCCAUUGGUGAUCUAAACUCUCUAGUCGAGCUUGAAUUGUGGGGAACACAAAUAGAAGAACUCCAAAAUAGCAUUUUCAAGUUGAGUUCUCUAAAAAAACUUAUUCUCAGGAAGUGCACAUCACUCAAGAAAUUGCCCGAGUCCAUUGGUGAUCUAAACUCUCUAAUCGAGCUUGAUUUGCAGGAGACACAAAUAGAAGAACUCCCAAAUAACAUUUCUAAGUUGAGCUCUCUGGAAGAACUUAUUCUUAUAGACUGCUCAUCACUUAAGAAGUUGCCCAAGUCUAUUAGUGAUCUAAACUCUCUAGUCAAGCUUGACUUGCGGGGGGAACAAAUAGAAGAACUCCCACACAUUGUUUUCAAGUUGAGUUCUCUCAAAGAACUUAUUUACAUGGACUGCUCGUCACUCAAGAAAUUGCUCGAGUCCAUUGGUGAUCUAAACUCUCUAGUCAAGCUUGACUUGUAG